CUUCUAGCUUGUGGUGUAAAUGACACGUGUCAAACUGGUAUUCCCUUUUUAGAAUUGUGGCCCUGUAUAUAAUAAACAGAGUUACUUCUAUGUUGUCUUUUUAAUCAGGGACUUGUCUGUGGAGUUUCUGGUUUCUUCUCGGAUUCUAUCUCAGGUACUCUUAUCUCUUAGGUCUUGUCCUUCAAAGAUCUCUUCCAACGUCUGUUGUCUGAGUCUAACAGGGAAAAAAAAAAAUUGCAGAUUUGUGAAGAUGGGUGAUCCAUUUGGUGGUAGAUUUGGAAGUUUCGGAGCAUUUAGAGGUAGCUUGUUUGGAGGAAGAGAUCCUUUUGAUGAUCCCUUCUUCACUAGGCCGUUUGAGGAUUUGCUCGAACCAAACACCUUUAGUUCUGGUGCUACUUCCUUUAGUAAUAACAACAACAAUGGUGGGAGAGGGUUAACAAUUGAAGAAUUACCAUCUGAUGAAGAAGAAGAAGAAGGGAAAGAUAUUGGAAGUGACGAAGAACAUACUGGUUCAGAGAAUCAGCCAUCCGUUGAGCACCCUGAAGAUGAUUCUGAUGCUGAGAGGAAGAUUCAGAAUGUGAAUCAAAGGAGUGACUUCAAUAUAAGAGAAGGUGCGCAGAAUCAAACUAAAACAUUCAGGCAUCACACCUCUAAGGUUACAUAUGGAGGCAUAGAUGGUGCUUACUAUACAUCUAGUAGAACCAGAAGAGCAGGCAGUGAUGGAGUGGUGGUUGAGGAAAGCAGAGAGGCGGAUAAGACUACGGGUGAAGCUACUCAUAGGAUCUCCAGAGGAAUCAAUGAUAAGGGACACUCGGUUACCAGGAAGCUUAACUCGAGUGGUGGUGUAGAGUCUACACAGACUCUUCACAACCUUGGUGAAGAGGAACUAAGUGGCUUUGAAGAAGCGUGGAAAGGCAACUCAUCUCUUGCUAAUCAUGAAUCCACUGGCUCUGAUCAUAGUUUUGGAGGAUGGCUUCUUCCAUCUCUGGACCAAACCGGUUCAAGCCGUUCUGCACGUGGAGAUAAGAAAGUUGUCCGCAUCAACAUUGAGUAAAAUCAUGAGAAAUGUUACAUCGUGUAUGAAGAAGUAGUAUCAAUAAUUUUACAUCGUGUAGACAUGUUGAUUAUGAGAAAUUAAUUUUGUUGUUUGGAUGUUUAUUUACAUCAUUAGACAUCA